GUUCAGUGUGAAAAAUCCAAGGCUUAUACUAUAAUCUUAAAAUCAAGAACAUUGAAGACAAAUGGAAAAUAUACCCAAGAACCCAAAAACCACCUUUUUCUUAUUCGAGCUGCUGUCAACAAUUUGCUCAAUGUUAAUAAUAAUUGCCAUUGUGAUCUGUGAAUUAUACACAUAUAACAUAAGAAUUGUCCCACUGACAUUUUAUGCAGGUUACUGGACAAGUCCAUUUAUCUUACUUACUGCCGUAAUUUAUUCUAUUGAAAAAAGUAGACAUGAUGGAAAAUUUUACAAACUAGCCAUAUCCUUCGCUUUAUUCAGCCUGCUUGUAUGUUUAAUCGGUAUUAUGCUCUCGUUAUUUACAAUAUAUUGGAUUAUUGACAUCAUAGAUGCACAAGUUUAUUAUGAAUAUCGGGUAGAAAUCAUUGUUCAAACUGCAUUGCUUAUUUUGGCUAGUGGAAUAUGUUUAAUGGAUGUUUUCUCAUUGACAUGUUGUUGCUGUUCAAAUGUUUCAACCGUAUCAAAAGACACAAUUACUCACCAAAAUAAUUUGAGAACUCAUUCGAAAAAUACACAACAAUUACCAACUCAAAUUACUAAUGUCACAGAUCCUUUACAACUACAUUCUUACCCCCAAGGAUAUCAAAUAAACCAAGGUUAUGAUCAGAAUUAUAGUCAACCUAAUAACUUCCCACCACCUUAUAGUUAAUAGCAGGAACCUUAAAAUACAUUCAGUUAUAAAAGUCUUUACUGUAAAGUAGAAAUUCCACGUGAAGUGGCUUUGAAAAUUAAUACACCUGUCGUCGAUACUAACUACAAACCUGCACCUCAACAUUUGGUAUAAAAGAAAUUCCCACUCAUU